AUGACGAAUGUAUUAGGUAAUCAUCUUGGUAUUCCAAGAAGUGGUGGUGAUAAUCCAAAUCUGCUUAGUCCCGAAAUCAUCAACCAACGACGAAAUUCCAGACGUCCUAGUAUACUUCCUGUCCCGGAUAUGUUUACCAGUAGUACUCUGAAUAUUGCUCAAGCUGUAACCGAUGAAGGAGAUGAAAGUGAUGAUGAACUCGAAGACGACGUUCCAUGGAGAUCGCCUAGCGAAAAAAUUGCCAUUGUGAAGGGUUUUCCACCAGUAUCGACCUACAUCGGAGUUAGUCCAACAUUGUGCUACCUACUCAAAGAAAAGAAACCCCUCUGUUGCCUUCAACUCGCACAGGUCUGCGAACACUGCAGCUACAGAAAUGCGAGAGACUACCAGUGGCAAAACAAAACAAUCAUUUUAGCGGCAGACUACGCCUCCAAUGGAAUAUAUAAUUUUAUUAUUCCUUUGAGGGCGCAUUUCAGGUCAAAAACGUCAUUGAACCCAAUAAUUCUGCUAUUGGAAAGGAGACCGGACGUUGCUUUUCUGGAUGCUGUAUCAUACUUUCCACUUGUUUAUUGGAUGCUGGGAUCGAUUGAUUGCUUGGAUGAUCUGCUCAGGGCUGGAAUUACUCUUGCUGAAAAUGUGGUUGUGGUUAAUAAAGAGCUGUCCAACUCCGCCGAGGAAGAUUCUUUAUCCGAUUGCAACACAAUUGUGGCUGUGCAGACAAUGUUCAAAUUUUUUCCCAGCAUCAAAAGCAUAACAGAGCUGUCGCAGUCAUCAAAUAUGAGGUUUAUGCAGUUCAGGGCGCAUGAUAAAUAUGCUUUGCAUCUCUCCAAUAUGGAAAAGAAAGAAAAAGAAAGGGGAUCCCACAUUUCUUAUAUGUUCCGGUUGCCUUUUGCUGCGGGUAGCGUUUUCAGUGCCAGUAUGCUUGACACUCUCUUAUACCAGGCCUUCGUGAAGGACUAUGUUAUCACUUUUGUUCGGUUACUCCUAGGAAUAGAUCAAGCACCAGGUUCAGGAUUUCUGACAUCAAUGAAAAUCACAAAAGACGACAUGUGGAUUCGAACAUACGGCAGAUUAUACCAGAAGCUAUGUUCAACAACUUGUGAAAUUCCAAUAGGUAUCUACCGGACUCAAGAUACUUCAAUAUCGGACUCCUCUCAUAUUGACGAGGAUAUUGGAGCGGAUAGAGUAGGUGUUACUUAUCGACCGAAAGAGGGGACCAAUUGUCUGGGAUGUACUACCAACAGACGAAACUCAAUGUACUCAACAAAUGGGAAUGACGAGGCCAAAGAUAAUCACAAUCAGCAAAUUGAGCGAGCAGAAAUUGCAAAUCUGGUGAGAUCGAGAAUGGAGAGUUUGAACUUGCCAACCAUCGAUUAUAAUGAUGUUAGUGAAAAACGAAAUAGUUUAUCAUAUGUGAUCAUCAACCCAAGUUGUGAUCUGAAAUUGGAGGAGGGUGACAUAAUAUAUUUGGUUCGACCAAGUCCAUUUUCUGCUCAAAAAACUUUCGAGAGACACAACAGCAGACGAAAAUCAAAUAUAAGCUUCUGUUCGCAAACUCUGGUGAAUCAAAUGGCUACCAACUCACAAUCAGGAAGUCGGCGGGGAUCAGGUCUUGGUCUCUCCGGAUAUCAAUACCCAAGACCACCACCACUCGCCACCACUAAAUCAAAUUCGCUGUCGUUACCAGAUAGCCCAACAGUGACAGGUUACCAAAGAGGCCGUUCAAAUAGCUUGCGGGUCAUAGACGAUAUUUUAUUGCGCAGAUCAAAUUCACUCAGACAAGGACUUCCUAACGUUGGGAAUGCUAGAAGAAAAAGUAGUUUAGAGGACGUUGGUUUGAGCCACUUCAGUACAAACUAUUCCAAUACCAUCAAAAUCGCAUUGAAUGGCGGUAUAGGUUUAGAAGUGACUCCACCAGAAGAAAAUACUCCUCCCGUAAUUAGCAGUAACACGUCUUUGUUGGUGAACUCUUCUAUACCAUCCGUGCUAAACGCCCAAAGUCUGGCCCAGAGUGGCCUACCUGGUUUCUGUAACUCUGUGUCCCAGCCUCCGAUCAACUUGUUCAGUAGUGUGCCUAAUCAGGGAUACGUUGAUGCAGGGGGUCAGCAACAAAUGGCUCUACCCCCUUCCUCGACGGAUCCACAACAUUUACAGGGUACGAUAGUAUGAUACAAUCUCAUGUGGGGGAGAAGAAUGGGUAGCUUGAGAAAAAAGUGGCUCUAGAUCUUCUAACUUCCACAGUAGAUGUUCUGGGUUAAAAGGGGUAAAUGAAUUAGUGAAUGUAUUUCAGUCUCAGAAGUAGAAAUCAGGCAUUUACGUUUGAAGUCCCUAAUUGCUUUAUAAAUUCUUGAUACAUUUUGAUUUUCUAUCAAGCUGGCAUUUUUGUGAGUUCACCAAAUUGAAACUUAGAUUUGUGAAUAUGGAAAAAAACAUUGUAACAUUUAUUACUCAUAAUAUUCUCCACGGUAUGUCUGGAGACACUGAGAAAUCUGUGAACGUGUGAGGAAUUACUCCCGAAGUUUUGGUGGCUUCAUGCAAAUAUUUGGAUAUAAUAACAAGUUGACAUUGAAAAACUUUUAUUAAUGUUCUGUUUGUAUAUAAAUUUGAAGUCAGCGAAUGAUUUGAUGAUUCAAAGUUUAAAAACUGGUAAUUCUGUAACGAAAAACUUUUUUAUUUUAGUUGAAUAUGAUCCA